UAGGGUUCUUAGCCAUCUCAAACCAGAGACUUUCGUCCAUAUCCGAACUUCCUCUGCCGAAAAUGCCGUCGCACAAGACGUUCAUGAUUAAGAAGAAGCUGGCGAAGAAGCAGAGGCAAAAUAGGCCAAUUCCUUACUGGAUCCGUAUGCGCACAGACAAUACCAUCAGGUACAACGCGAAGCGCAGGCAUUGGCGCCGUACCAAGCUAGGGUUUUAAGUUGCCGCUUCAGCUCAUUUUUCGAUGCUUUAUGCUAAGUAUGUUUUGACGUAUCUUCUGAGACAAUAGUUUUUUUGGAUUUAAAUUAGGAGAAGAUUGAAAUUAUGGAUUAUCUCUGUUUUCUAUUUAAAUUUUGGUUUUCCUAAUGACGAGUAAUGCUUAUGAUAUUA